GGAGCGGCCAUGGCGGGAGGGAUGAAGCCGGACUCGGGGCGGCGGUGGCGCCUCUUGCUCGAGGCCGCCGUUUUCUUGGCGCUGCUGUGGGACGCGGACGGGCAAAUAAUUCAACUCAAAGAUCACCGCAUGCUCACACACAGCUCCCCCAAGCAGUUUUGCUAUACAAACACUGGCAGUCUCAAAUGGCAUGACAUAUGGACCAGAAUUCAGAUCCGAAUAAACAGCACCAAGAUGAUCCGCAUUACCCAAGUUGAAAAUGAAGAGAAGCUCAAAGAACUGGAGGAGUUUAACAUGUGGAAUUACAUUGGCUCCUUCUUCAAAGAGAAGCUCAAUGACACCUAUAUUAGCCUAGGGCUGUACAGUAAUAAAACCUGCUUGAAAGUUGACCUCCUUGAGCCAAACUCCACUUACAGCAUCGUCGUUGCUCGGACCUUUGAUCCAAAACUCUUCCUGGUUUCCUUUCUUGGCCUUCUGCUGUUCUUCUGUGGGGACUCACUGAGUAGGAGCACUCUCUUUUUCUACUCGGCUGGAAUAAGCAUCGGCAUGCUGAGUUCUCUGCUCGUCCUCAUCUAUCUCAUGUCUAGGAUGGUUCCCAAGAAAAGUCCUGUGUACCUCAUGCUGGUAGGAGGCUGGUCUUUUUCUGUGUACCUCAUCCAGCUCGUCUUCCGGAACCUGCAAGAGAUCUGCAAACUCUACUGGGAGUAUCUGCUGGGCUACAUGGUCGUUGUAGGGUGCCUCAGCUUCUCCGUCUGCUACAUACACGGCCCGUUGGAGAACGAGCGCAGCGUCAACCUCCUCACUUGGGGCUUGCAGAUCCUGGGCUUGCUACUCCUCGGUUGCAGCAUUCAGAUCUCGCAGAUCGCCAUCGCCUUGAUCAUCCUUGCCUUCUGCACUAAAUACCUGGAGUACCCCGUCUCAUGGGCCUAUAACAUCUACAGGAAGCUGUGUCCAGCCUCAGCAAAGCCCACCCCACCACGGCUGCUAACUGAGGAGGAAUACCGUCUGCAGGGGGAGGUAGAGACGCACAGAGCCCUGGCAGAGUUACGGGAGUUCUGCAGCAGCCCAGAAUUCUCUGCCUGGAAAGCAGUCUCCCGCAUCCAGUCUCCAAAGAGAUUCGCUGACUUUGUGGAAGGUUCCUCACAUCUCACCCCUAAUGAGAUCUCCGUUCAUGAGCAGGAAUACGGGCUGGGAGGGUCUUUCCUGGAAGAUCAGCUCUUUGAAGAGGAAGGGGAAGAGACGAACGAUGACAGCUUUGACGAGGACAAUGGUGCAGAGAGCUCCCUGCCCCGGAACCAUAUAGCAUUUAGGCAGAUGGAUUGACUAAUAACACCCUCUGCUGAUGUGGGGUAAGAGUUGCAGCUUUGCUGCCCUCUGCCGCAACUAGCACCCCCACACAAAGCCUACUGUGUGUGGAUGUUGUGUGGGAUGAGGCAUAUUCCCUUAUCAAAUGCUGGAAACUGGAAAGGGGGUACCUACAAGCCAUUAAAGCGCUGCCGUCCAUUCCAGACAAUGAACCACAUGUGGACUGUACCACACUUGGCAUAUGCCAAAGCGUUCUGAACCACGACACCUUGCGGAGUGCAAAUCAGCCCAAAUCCAGGGUUGUCAGUUGUGAAUGAGGCUGAGAAAUGGGGGGCAGUGAGGUGGAGUUGAGAUUGCCUGUUUAAAGGCUGCUAAUAACAAAAUUCCUAGCCUUGGUGAAACAGAUGCUGCGAUGAACGGGCUGAUUUCCAGGUGAGACAGGAAUGUGACAUGUGCUGUAAUGUGCUUCUCGGAGACACACACAUGUCCUUUGAGACCACCUGCUUUGGGGCGGGCUUGCCAUGGCGGCCAAGGGAGUGGGUGAAAAGAUCCGUUUCCCCAGGGAACUCCUGCACUUGUCAGUAGUUGGGCAACUCUUGCUUGGGGUUUACCCUCCCCUGUGAACGGAUAUAUAUAUAUUUGCCUUGCCAUUCCCACGUCAGUCAGUGGCUGUCCCACGCUGUGUAUAUCUCAGCUCAGCCAGGAUUUUGUUUUCUUCCAAAUAACAUGCAAGCGCAGGAAUCCAUCUGGCCCUCACUUGCUUUUUGUGUGAGUGCUUUUAACGUUGGAUUGUAGUGACUUGGAUCGGGGAGGUGGAAGCUAACGUUGCUGACGGGGCAUGGUGACGACGGGCUGUUUCCUGGUGCUCGCUUAGAUGUCUCUUCAUGCUGUAAGCAGGAAUUGCUCAGAUAAAUUAUCUCCGAUUUGUGCGGCAUAAGAAGAGGACUGCUCUGCCUUGGCCUGCCUCCUGUGGAAAUCCUGCAGCUCCUUUGCUUUAUUUGCGCCUCACUUGGAUGCCUUUAGCCUUGUGUUCUAUGGCAAGCCUGCAAGGUUGCAGACUCUCCGUUGCUUUUUUUCUGCGCAAGUGUUGCUCUAACAUUCUAGGUGAGAUUUUUUGCUCGGGGUUGACUGUAGUAAACUUCCCAUAAGGAAAUAGGACUUUCAGGAUUUGGGAACUGUGAAACACAACACAGAUUCAGUCAGAAAAUGCAGGGAACUCUGUGGUGUUGAUGUCCUUGAGUGGUGCUGUUGCUGAAAACCGCAAGCCUCGUAUCAUUCUUCCAUACCACGUGUUCUUUCUUCAUGCGCUUCCCAGCAGCAGCCAAUAGAAUGGGAAGAGGAAAGGCAAAACGGUGUAAUGUCAGGAGGAUAUAGGGUAGGUUGUUAUGGAGAGAGUAGGGUAGAGAUGACCGCAUAGGGCUGCCUGUUUCUUUUUAAUCCUCCGCUGUUGCCUUGGAGAUGGUAUGACCCACCUUCUUGUGUUCUCAGUAUUUAGAACUCAGGACUCGAGAGUAAAUAGCCAGCAGUGAUUUUUUUCCUUAAAGAGUUAGACUGAUCCAACAACCGAGUGUCCAUCCAGCUAGCUUACCAAGCUUGCAUACACGUUAGAAAACCUCUUAAAUGUUUUGCUCCAAGCCCUAUGCAAAUCAUUUCCAUGGACAACUGUUACUGUUGCCUCUUCCAAAUAUUUGUGACCAGUGCAAAGCCCGAAGCUCUCCCACUAGGAUCAGCUUGCACUCAUCUCGUGGGAAGGGCAAAGCUUCAUUUACGCAGCGUAUUGUGGGAUAUAAGCCAUAAAAGGGGGAGGAAGAGAAGGGAAGAAGGUCUCCCAACAGGAAGUCAGAAUGCUUGCGGAUCAGAUUUUAAAUUGUGUUAUGUGUUUCUCUAAUUUUUAUUUCCUCAAUGAGAUGGGUCAGUCUUUUAAAAAGAGUAUAUUUUUUACAUUGAGUGUACUGACACCCCAUUGAAAUACUUUAUUUGAAUUGUAAAGGACUGAGAUUUUUUUUUAAUAAAGUCAUUUUCUU